UUCCCAAAUCGUCAAUUAUAUACAACUGUGUUAACAACCAGACACAGCUUACGUACACUUCUUCUAGUUGAGCAGAAUUUUCUUAAUCUUGCUCUGUGUGUUUUGAUUUAAAGAAAAAUGGCAGAAGCUUUAACAGAAACCCAGAUUGCUGAGUUCCAGGAAGCCUUUUGUCUCAUUGACAAGGAUUCAGAUGGGGUAAUUACCUUGGAAGAACUAGCCUCUGUGAUCCAAUCACUAGAUGAACGACCGACGAAGGAAGAAGUUCAAGACAUGAUUAGUGAGAUUAGUGCUGAUGUAACUGGCACAAUAGAUUUUGAUGAGUUCUUGAGUAUCAUGGCUAGGAAGAUGCAGGAAAAUGUUGCUGAGGAGCUAAAAGAAGCAUUCAAAGUAUUUGACAGGGAUCAAGAUGGUUAUAUUUCAGCUUCUGAGUUGAGACAGGUGAUGAUAAACUUGGGAGAAAGAUUGAGCAAUGAAGAGGCAGAGCAAAUGAUCAGAGAGGCUGAUUUUGAUGGUGACGGUCUGGUUAGCUAUGAAGAAUUUGCAAGGAUGAUGCUCAGCUAGCAGUUCUUAACUUCUUACAUACUCGGGUACUAAUAGAAACAUAAACAAAUUGAGCCUCUUCAAACCCCAUUGUUUUGGAAAGUGCACGUUUUAGACGUUUAGUGUCUGUUAUAAUAUAUGUGAAGUAUCAUUUCCACGGUUAACCAAUUUUAGAUUUGAAAUGUAUAAAUGGUCCGUGAUGACUUGCAGCUCUAAUGGUUAAAGAGCAUUUACAACCGAUUUCG